AUUCAAGUCCACUCACUCCUCGCCUACAAAUAUUCGCGCACCCUCCUUUGACGGCACGCAGCGGCAGUGUCGUGACAGCAAGCACAACUCGGUCCAACUCCGACACUCUUUCGAGCAAUCACCUGCAACCCAGCAUCGCCUCCCACCACCUCUACCUAACAUCAACAAUGGCUGUCGCUACCUCUCCGUCUCCCAUCUACCAUUCUCCACAGCACGGCCGCAACCACCAGCGCCGUAGCUCUACCCGCAAGAGCUUCACCUCCAUGGCCAUUCCGUCCUCCCCCCAGAUCGAGUCGCCGCGCACCCUCUGCCCCCGAGAUGGAGACGCCUUCAGCUACAACCCGUCCCAUCUGCCGGCGUGGUAUAUCCCCCAGGACCUUUGGGAGCGUCUCCCAGCAACCCUCCAAUCUACCCUGGCCUCGAUGCAACAUGCGGGCGCAGCAGCUCUGACUGGCUUCGAGCGAUUGGACAAGCAUACUGAAGGACUCGACAGUGCCCGCCCACCCCACAGGCUCGAGGAAGACGAGUUCUUCGUCCAGAUGGAUGAUCUGCCGCCGCCAAAGAUGCGGACGACCAGCAAUGCUAGCAGCGUCUUCCUGUCGGACGUCUCUUCUCCUGCUUCGCCCAACUCGGAGUCUGCGUCUCCGUCACUUUCGGCGUCGCAAGUCACGUCUCCCGUGUCUCCUAUCUGCCUGACGCCGUCUGAAUUGCAAUACCCAGACAACCGUGCGCGGUCCCGUGAGCGGUCCUUCUCAAUCCCUCUCGAGCCGCAUGAUGCCUACUACGCGACGGAGCUUUCUCACCUACGCACCGAGGCACUUCCCCGUCUCCGCCACGCCGCCCGCAAGGUGGAUACGGAGUGGUACGAGGCCAAGCGCAGCACAACUCUCUCCAUCAGCGACAUCAACGACUUCGAGAACUGGUGGGCCGAGAAGAAGUGCAGGAUCCUCCACCUCAACGAGCAGGGUAAGCGCCUCAGCCUCGCCAUUGGCCUGUCCAGCAGCGGCAUGGGCUGGACUGCGCCGUAGAGGAUAAUGAGGUUGAA